UGCGUUCUUUCCCCUCCUCCACCAUUUUGAGAUUACCCAACGACUGCGUGACUUCAGCCAGCGUCUCGGUUCCUUUGUCUGAAAAUGAGCGACCAGCUUUGUAAACUCUUCGUCGGCGGACUCAACGUGGACACCGACAGCGAUGGCCUGCGCAAGCACUUCGAGCAGUACGGCACCCUGACCGACUGCGUGGUGGUGGUGAACAAGACGCUGCAGAGGUCGCGCUGCUUCGGCUUUGUGACCUACUCCACGCCGGAGGAGGCCGACUGCGCCAUGGGGGCUAGGCCGCACACCGUCGACGGCAACACGGUCGAGGUGAAGCGCGCCGUGGCGAGGGAGGACGCCAACAAACCCGAGGCCCUCGCCAAGGUGAAGAAGAUCUUCGUCGGUGGCUUGAAAGACGACAUCGAGGAGGAGCACCUCAUGGACCAUUUCAGCCAGUACGGUGAGAUCGAGAAGGCCGAAGUCAUCUCCGACAAGGAGACCGGGAAGAAGAGAGGCUUCGGCUUCGUGUACUUCAACGAGCACGAUGCGGCCGACAAGGCGGUUGUGGUGAAGUUUCACUCCAUCAACGGACACAAAGUCGAGGUUAAGAAAGCCCUGACCAAGCAGGAGAUGCAGGCGUCCGGCAGAGGCGGCAUGGGGAUGGGGGGUGGACGGGGAAGAGGCAUGCGGGGUGGUCAAAAUGGCUACGGCAACAGGGAGUACGGAAACUACAACUACGGAAAUGGCGGAGGCUACAAUGGCGGCGGCGGUGGCGGCUACGGAGGAGGCUACGGCGGAUAUGGCGGCGGCGGCUAUGGCGACCAGGGAAGUGGGUAUGGUGGUGGAAACGGCUACAACGAGUUUGGAAGCGGCUAUGGUCAGCACACCUCCGGCUACGGCCCGAUGAAAGGCGGGCCCUUCGGCGGCCAAAGGAGCGCGGCUCCCUACACCAGAGGAGGCGGUGGCGGCGGCGGUGGCUACCCGAGAGGAGGAGGAGGAGGCUAUGGCAGCGGCGGCUACUAAACGAGACUGCACAAUGGAAACCCGACCACCCAUCCCCCGCCUCAACCGACCUCCAGCCUAAACUCAAAUUCAGUUACGGGGCGUCUGCCGUGAAACCCAACCAUGGCAGAGAUAUGGACACAGAGACCCCCUCUAAUCAUAACGAAGACCCCAAACAGGUUGCUAUGGUAACCUGGGUACGAGGACAUCACCCCUGAAAACGAUGGGGUGUGUGUCUCCAUGCUGGCGGGGGGGACCGAGAGAGGCUGUGUCUUCUCCCCCUCAGGUGAAGUCAAUUUCACAACGGAUUCCAGUGUGUGGUCAAAAUGAAUAUGAAUGCAUCGCACAGGGUUAUUGACCUGAGGUUGUGAUUUGGGGUGUUUCACCAGUGAAGUGAAUGCUCCCCACUGAUUUUAUUACUGUGAAUAUUACUUGACGUGACCUCUCAUUGCAGGUUGUGGACAUUAGUGGAUUCCCUUUUAGGAUGUUAUUAUACUUUAUCUGACCUGGAGAGGUAUUACUCCAAGUCAAAUGAGAAAAGAAUCAAUUUGCUUCAACAAAAACUACAAGUAUAACCAGCAUUCCCAAAGAGUAAUGGGUUAUUUGAAGAUACAUUGAACAUUAUGUAAGUAUUAUAAUUAUUGUCCUCAGAUGAUGCAGAUACACUCAACAUAAGUUUUCAAAGUACAAUAAAUUAUGUCAACACACUUUAAUGAAGGUGUAUAUACUAAAUAUCUACUUUUUCUUCAAGGACAAGCAGAAAUAAAGUUGAAUGACUUUAUUGGUCAUAUCAGUUAAGAAGGAACAUCUGUCUGCAGACUUGCUUCAAAAUAGGGAACAAUGAUGGAAACUUGCCACUUUGAUUAAAUGCACACUUUGCUACGCACAUGUCUGUUCACUUUGAAUAAAAAGUUAUACAAAAUUUAUCCGACCUCAAGUUUAUUCAGGUAUUACAGUUAAAUGUUUAUAGUUGCCUUGUUCCAACAGUUUCUGCACACAAAAUUUUCUUCAAACUGGCUCUGGACCAUGACCUGAGAACGCUUCUUAAUUCUGGUUAGGUUUGUGAUUAACAGGAAACAGAAUUAUGCAGGUAUGUCGCCAUGUGUCUCAGUGAUGGUACAUAGAUCAGUCCAAAUUUCAAAAGCCAACAGGAAGGCUUGUGACUGGCCCAUUUGAUCUGAUAUCAAAGUCAGUUUCUGUCAGUGUAAAAAAAAAAAAAAAGUGCUGCUUUUAUUGUAAAAUUUUAAGAUUGCUGCAAUUUUGGCAUCGGUGAUAUACGCUAACAGAUGAGGUACAAAAUGUUCAUAAUGUUAAAGUGAACUGGAGUAAUCAAACCUGAGCUCACCAAUUUAUUGGCAUUGUAAUUUGUACAUGCUGUAAUGGCAAAUGUGAGACAUAACUAAAGUUUCAUACAGUAAAAUAUGAGGAAAGUAUAAUCCUUAAAUUAAUCUAACUGAUGUACAUGAUGAUCCAGAAGACCUAGUGUGACACAAGUUGUCCUGAUGUGUCAAAACUACUGUGCUUGUGAUGCAUGACUUGGUGAGCGGGGUGUAAAUUUUCCAUUCUGUUUUAUCUUUUAUAGGUCAAUGAUGCCUCGGAUCAUUCCUUAGGACAAGAAACCUCUGUUAAGAUGGUUUGGCUUUUGAUGCAAAAAUAAAUCUAUAUAUAUUUUUAUACCAACA